AAGAGGAACAACUGAAAUUGGAACCAUAAAAGUCCCGUUUAAGGGUCACACACACGGUUAAAACAGACAUCAGCAACCGGAGGACACAAGCCAGAAGCCUCUGUGUGAUGUCACGAGCAAGUCUGGAGAAAUUCAACACCACCAGCUGGUUGGAGUUGUGAUGGGGUGAACACGGGUCCACUCGCAUCGGUGCAAGUCAAGGCACAUAGCUGCAACCACCGCCUGGAGAAAAGAGACGCACAGAAGCGAAUCUGGUGUUGAGCUGGAGACCAAGAGGAAGCCUCACUCUGUGUUUCUCUCUGAGCAGUCCACACGCACGGACAGUCAGACAGACAGACAGACAGACAGUCAGACAGACACCGCUCCUCCUCGAGACGACCCUAUCCUUUUACGCGUCUUUGCCUUGGAUAGAGCCAGCCCGAUCAUUGCGCGCCGCGGAGCGCAGCCGGUCCAGCUGGUUUUUGGUAAAGAAAGUGAGAGAGGUCUCACCUCGGCGCCGUGAGAUGAAGACUUUCUGAGUCUCCGUGCACCUUGGCUGUUCCCAGAGGGCUGGCCCAUGCGCAGGCAUCCCCGUGAGCGUGAUUCUGUUUUCACCCAGAUCUCUGCUGCCUGGACAAAUGCAUACAAAUGCAUUUAGGAUCUCAACGGACAAGGAGUGGACUUGUUUCCGCGGCUGCAACGUGGAACUUUCUCCUGCUCCUGUCAGUAUGCUCUGCAGUGCCCGCUGGAGAAGACGACUACCUAGCUCCAGGUGUGGAUGUCCUCCACCGACUGGGUCUUGCAUAUCAGAACAGCACAGACAAUCCCCACGAGAGGACAGCUUCACCACCUUACACCAACGUUCCCUCCCUUUCUGGAUAUGGGGUGUUAUUGGACACAAACUCCUUUUAUGAGAUCCCAGUCAGCAGUUUGUUCCCUGCAGAGUUUGGUGAUGAAUUUUCUUUUGUGAUUAGCCUAAGCUCCUGGCGAGCGAACAAUGCAUUUCUUUUUAGCAUUAAAGAUGGCAGGGACAGACUGCGUUUCGGCAUUCAACUGCUACCACGCAGAGUAGUGGUUUACACUGCAGAGAAGUCCUCCAUCUACUUUAACUACAACUGGCAGGAUGGGCGGCAGCAUGCUUUCGGUGUCGGCGUUCGAUCCCGUUCUGUAUCAUUUUAUGCGGACUGUGGGGUGGUGCAGCAACGGGAGCAGACCCUUGGGAGAUCUCAGACAUUGGGAGAAUCUGGGCAUCUCUUCUCUUUGGGGAGGAUGAACUCCAAGGCGACUCCUUUCAUUGGUCGACUCUGCCAACUAGAUAUCUAUCCCUCAGCCCAAGCUGCUGCACACUACUGCAACUACCUUAAAAAACAGUGUCGGCUGGCUGACACUUAUCGAUUGACUUUGAUGCCUUCCGGUUUGGAUAUAAAGGCCGAUGACUACACUUCUAACCCUUUGACAAAGUCACUUCAUGGAGUACCAGCUACCCUUCAUACUUUUACCAAAGUUACAACUGAAAAGAUGUCACCAAGAAGUCAAGUUGUCACAACUCUGAGACCGACAACACAGCUUCAUUUGAGGGAACAAAGCCACAUUUAUACACAAAACCCCCUUUCACCUGAUGGCCCUACACACACUCCUCCGACAAAACAAGCAGUGGUGGAUCUUCCCCAUGCAACCUCCACAGAUGUGUUAGCAAAGAGCAGUCAACCCCAGGGGAAUACAGACCAAUUUGAGAACAGUACAGAGGACAGAAGCAGUUCCAGUAGUCAGCAGACUUCAGAGACUUUCCCAGGCCUAAUUUCCCCAGUCAGACAAAGUCGAGUGAAGGAAGGACUCGGGAACAACUUUGGGGACUCUGACCUCAGACCAAAAGAGGCUCACCGCACUCUGGAGUCCCAUCGUAGAGCCAACAGCACCACUUUAUACAGGGACAACCAGGUCGACACUUCAGAACAACACAUUGUGGAUGGCAGCUAUGAUGACGGAGACAGUGGAGGAUACGAUUAUGGAUAUGAGGAGAUGGACUUUCUUUAUGACUAUGAAGAUGGAUUCCGUGGGCCCAAAGGAGAGCCAGGUCCUCCGGGUCCUCCUGGCCCCCCUGGUUUACCUGGUCCUCCUGGAAGGAGAGGUUCAAGGGGUCCCACUGGUCCACAUGGAAACCCAGGACAACCCGGACCACAUGGGCAAAAGGGGUCAAAAGGGGAUCCAGGUGUGUCUCCAGGCCAAGCGUCAACAGGAGAAAAGGGUGACAGAGGACUACCUGGUCUACCUGGACCAAAAGGACUUCCAGGAUCUCUGGGUCCUAAAGGGUAUCCAGGUCCGCCGGGUCCCUCAGGAGAGCAAGGCAUUCCAGGACCUCCUGGGGAGGCAGGAGCUGCGGGUUUCCCUGGCAGGCAGGGUUUAGCUGGCCCACAAGGUAGCCCUGGACCUAAAGGUGUUCGUGGUUUUAUUGGGCCUCCAGGUGUUGCUGGGCUACCGGGGCCAGAAGGAGAGAAAGGCAAUCCUGGUCCAGUUGGAAAACCCGGCCCCAAAGGCAGACAUGGGGUGGUGGGUGAUGUAGGAGAAAGGGGGCCACCAGGACCAGAUGGCAGCCAGGGGCCGGUUGGUGGGACUGGAAUAAAUGGAUUUCCUGGUCUGAGGGGGGACCCGGGCCCGGAGGGACCACGGGGGCUGCCUGGUAUGCCGGGAACUCAGGGCCCAUCAGGACACACCGGCCUGCCUGGAUUGAAAGGUGAUAAGGGUGAAGUGGGACAAAGGGGCGAUGCAGGGGAGAUGGGGUUCCAAGGUGAUAAGGGAGCCAUUGGUGCACCGGGUCCUCCCGGACCCAGAGGGAAACCAGGACCAUCGGGAAAAACUGGAGACACGGGGGCACAAGGACCUCCUGGACCUCCAGGACCAGAGGGUUUUCCUGGGGACAUCGGUGCUCCAGGGCCCAACGGUCCACCUGGACCAAAGGGGUUGCUGGGUGCAAGAGGGCCCCAAGGUCCCCCAGGGCCUAAAGGACCACAGGGUGAUGAAGGACCACUCGGCCCACCUGGUGGACCUGGCCCAACUGGGCGAUCCGGAAGGAAAGGUCACACAGGUGAACCUGGCCCCGAGGGUUUGAACGGGGAGAAAGGAGACUUGGGAAAUGUUGGAAAAGUCGGACCGCAGGGUCCACUCGGCCUAAUUGGGAUCGCUGGGGUGAUGGGAGUUCCCGGUGAAAAGGGGGACCGGGGCCCACCGGGUCCAACAGGUCCAGCAGGAGAGAACGGACCGAGGGGUUAUCCAGGAAUACCAGGUGGUCCAGGGGACUUUGGGAUGCAAGGUGCACCUGGUCCACAGGGCCAGAGGGGCAGUUCAGGCAUCGCUGGACCAAAGGGCAGAAGGGGGCCUCGUGGUCCAGAUGGCGCACUGGGGGAACCAGGACCUGAGGGCACCCAGGGUGAAAAGGGUGACACUGGGCCAAAGGGAGAACCGGGAUUCGUAGGCAAGGCUGGCAGUCCAGGAGAAAGAGGUCCUCCUGGGAAGCCUGGUAAAACAGGCGUUCCAGGGAGCACCGGGGAGAAAGGCCCUCAAGGUGAACCAGGACCUAAAGGACCCCCUGGAGAGGCUGGACCUAAUGGAGAGCAAGGACUGGAAGGUGCUCCGGGUGCCGAGGGGGAGCCAGGUGCCAUUGGAGAGCCAGGGUCAAAGGGGGAAGCUGGACCUCCAGGGGCUGAAGGGGAUCAGGGUCAGAAGGGAGCCAGGGGUCCUCCUGGCCCUCCAGGUGAAGAUGGCCCACAAGGCAAAGAUGGACCUAAGGGGGAGUCUGGUGAUCAGGGACCAGUUGGAGAGCCAGGGGAAAAGGGGAUAGAGGGAGACCCUGGACCCCAAGGAUCAGCUGGAGAGCCUGGGAAACAGGGCUUCCGUGGACCCGAAGGAAAACUGGGUGCCCCAGGGACUCGAGGACGACAUGGAAAAAAGGGAGAAAAGGGCCCUCCUGGUCUUGCUGGUGAGAUAGGCUCUCGAGGAGACAUUGGCCAAUCAGGCGAGCCGGGGCUGAAAGGUGCCAGGGGAACUCGAGGCCCACCUGGCCAGCCUGGCAUCAUGGGGCUGGAAGGGGAGCCAGGACUCCCAGGAUACCCAGGGCACCCUGGCAAGUCUGGGCUUGUAGGACCACCAGGACCCAAAGGUGAAAAGGGCUAUCCAGGCGAGGACAAUAAGACUCCAGGACUUCCAGGGCCCUUAGGUGAACCAGGUUCUCUAGGAGAACAAGGAGAUCGCGGAGAGCCAGGAGACGAAGGAUACAUGGGUCACAUUGGUCCUACUGGACCUCGUGGGAACGUUGGACCUCAAGGAUUACCUGGAUCACCUGGCGAGCCUGGAGAACCGGGCCCAAAAGGAGAAAAAGGAUCUCCAGGAUCAGCUGGAAAGAAAGGAGCGAGAGGUUUGAAUGGAGUUGCUGGACCAGAAGGCCCGAGUGGUUUUCCAGGACUUACGGGAUUAAAGGGUUUUCCAGGUCCGGAUGGUCCUCCAGGACUGACUGGCUCACCAGGUCUACCAGGAAAACAAGGCCGACAGGGUCAGCGAGGCUUGUUGGGACAAGAAGGACCCAUUGGACGACCAGGUCUCAGGGGAGAAAUGGGACUUCCUGGACCAAUGGGUGAAACAGGACCACCUGGUCAAAAGGGAGAGCCUGGUCUGCCAGGAGAGAGGGGAGCCUCAGGAAUCAAAGGGAUGGAGGGGGCUGCGGGUGACCAGGGCAGCGUAGGAGAUCCAGGUUCUGAAGGGCAACCAGGUGAAGCUGGUGAUUUGGGAAUGGUUGGUUUACAAGGCUUUCAAGGGCCAAAGGGACCAAAUGGUGAGUUGGGAUUCAGAGGCAUCCCUGGCCCUAAAGGACCUGUGGGCUCUCUGGGAUUCACUGGACCUGUAGGACCUGAAGGAAUGAUCGGUCCAGUCGGAAAACCUGGAUCAAGGGGUCCAAAAGGAAGUUACGGAGAAAUGGGGCCUCGAGGACCGACAGGAAGUCCAGGGCCCAGAGGACCUCCUGGUGCUCCUGGUCCAACAAGGCGCGUUUAUGAUGGCUCAGCGAUUUACAGUCAGUCUGACUCCAAUGCAGCCAUCGGAGCCGAGAGUUAUCAGAACACAGAAAUCAUCCAACCAGACCAGAAUACAGAGAUACUGAAGACCCUUCAUUACCUGAGCAGUGUAAUGGAGAGCAUCAGAAAGCCUCUGGGUACAAGGGACAACCCUGCUCGUGUCUGUAAAGACCUUCUGGACUGUCAGCGCCUACACCUCAAAGAUGAUUGGUUCUGGGUUGAUCCAAACCUGGGUUGCACAUCUGAUGCCUUUAAGGUGUUCUGCAACUUUACUGCAGGUGGACAGACUUGCUUACAUCCGGUGGCCUCUCAUAAGCCGGAGUUUGGUGUUGGGAAAGUCCAAAUGAAGUUUCUCCACUUACUGAGCUCCGAAGCAAGCCAAAGCAUCACAUUCCACUGCCUUGGUGAUCCACCCAGCAGCAUCAAAAACACCCCCACUGGACCCACACAGAAAGAGAACCCCAGGAUCCGCUUCAGAGGCUGGAACAAACAGAUGUUUGAGAAAGGCACACUACUGGAACCACAUGUGAUACAAGAUGAGUGCCAGAUCCAAGAUGGCAGCUGGCACCAGUCUCGUUUCUACUUCCACACUCAGGACAGUCUCCAGCUACCUGUUGUAGACAUUUAUGAGUUUCCUGCAUCUCAGCUAAACAGUCAGCAGCACAUAGAAAUUGGCCCCGUCUGCUUUCUUUGACACCAACCUGCUGACAUAAACCACUCAAUGCUGCAGAUGCUAAAACGGAGUUUCACACUAAAGACACAGCUAGACACAGUAUUUGUUUGUGAGAGUUGGUUGUGUUCACCAAAAAGCAUCGAGGGACUUUGUGAGAGUAAAAUAAUGCUCAGCUGCAGGAAGACCUCUGUGUGGAAGAAGUCGAUCUCUGUAGGGCGUCCAUGCCAACAAGGCCUGAGGAGAACUAAGGAGAACGCUUCUUUAUAUUUUAAAUGUAUAAACUGUUGUUUAAGUUUUCUUUUGUUCUUCGUUUCUACAGUGUUUAGGUUUACUGCAUAUGGACCCAUAUUUAUUCCUAACCACAGGAAAGGGCCUUACAAAGGGCCUAUUCAAAAUUCCAAAACACAAACCAACACACACACACACACACACAGCAUCCUUGGCAGAGGUCCAACCCGAAGGAUCAAGCUAAGCCUCCAUUGAAUCAAAGGCUUUUUACAAGUGCAAUAGCAUGUGGAUAAUUUGUGACUGCUUUAAAAACAAUCUCAUCUAAAGCAAUAUUUUAUCUUGUUUUGUUUUUACUUUUAUUCUUGGUCGUUGGUGCUGCCCAGUCAGACUUGUACCUCUUGACAGAUGGUGCUCUACCUCUACCUGGUUAUUUGCUUUCUAGACUAGUUGCUAACAUGGAAUUAGUCCUUAUUGACGUUGUGUGUAUGUACCGGUUACAUCAAGCUUUGUUGUGUUGUAUGAGUACAUAUGUUAAUUUGGUCAUUUCUAAUUUAUGAACCAAGUUUUGAUACAUUAUAUAUUUUUGUAGCUUUUCCCUCUAAUGUGGUGGUUUUCUGAACCUACCCUUGGUGCUGCAACAAACAAGUCAUCAAUAUUUCCUGUGUAUAUAAUGACUGCACAUUGUAUGUUUAUUUAUAUCCUUUUUUUAUUUUUUUUAUUCACAUCACUGUACCACAAUAAGUUACACUCUCAGAGCCCCAUUUGGUUGACCCCAUCUCAAGUCUAAUCUAUGUUUAAAGAGUGUGUUUGUGAGUUUACACCUGUGACUGUUUAUCGUUUUGCUUUUACACUCAGCGUUUGCUGACUGACCGCUACAGUUAGCCAUAGUCAUGAAAUAUGGAAAACAGCCACCAUAUUCUUAAAUUAUAAAAAAUAUAUUCCCGUCAAAAAAGUGUUCAAGAACAUUUGUGGAGGAUUAUGCAAAUGUGUAAAUAAUAAAAAGAUUUGACAAAAGAAUAAAUGGAACAUUUUAUCCACAA